AUGGUCAAGGCAGCAGCACCACUGCUGAGAACUUACUCUGAGGAGCUCAGCGUGGAGAUGAACUCUGAGACCUCCCAGCCUGUCAUCCUCUGCCUGCCUUCAUUCCUGGAGCCUGGUCUGCUCAGGCGCCAGACCAUCUUCUCACCGCCAGGCCUGCAUCCAACCCUGGAAGAUGGCUUCCAGUCCAUGGCGUGCACCCAGAAGCCGAGUCAGCCUGGGCCACAGGUCUCGCCCUGCUCUGUGGCUUCCCAGGUGCCCCCCCAAUCACCCCGACCUAUAUCGGGCAAUUCCCUGGCGGAGCUGGACUGCAGUAGCCCUUUCGUGCCAGCAGAUGUCACCAGAGAACUCCGAGGACCACGGCCGACUGACCCGCUCCAGAGCACAAAUGGGCCAUUGCUUAAUCAUCCUUCCCCAGGCAGCCGCAUCUUCACCUCUACUCCCAGGCUAGGAGGCCAGCUGCUGAUCCAGAGUGGGGUUUCCCUGGGCACCGAGCAAGGCUCUGCUCUCGGGAGCCUGUUUUCUGGAGGUGGGGACUGGAUCUGCCAGUUCAUUGCCAUGACAAGCGCUGUGAAGACAAAACAGGGUGAUGUCACAGUGACAGGAGGAGGGGACAACUUUGAGCAUGCCGUGGCGGGCGCCGAGGACGGGCCGGGCCAGCAGCCAGGGCUGGAUGAAGAUGAGGCGGCGAAUUGCCGCUGGGGCGCGCAACACGCCGGGGCCCGCGAACUGGCAGCGCUCUACUCGCCAGGCAAGCGCUUCCAGGAGUGGUGCUCCGUGAUCCUGUGCUUCAGCCUCAUCGCCCACAACCUGGUCUACCUGCUGCUGCUGGCGCGCUGGGAGCACACGCCCCUCGUCAUCCUGGGCGUCGUGGCGGGAGCUCUCAUUGCGGACUUCCUGUCUGGCCUGGUGCACUGGGGUGCCGACACGUGGGGCUCCGUGGAGCUGCCCAUCGUGGGGAAGGCUUUUAUCCGACCAUUCCGGGAGCAUCACAUUGACCCGACGGCCAUUACCCGGCACGACUUCAUCGAGACCAAUGGGGACAACUGCCUGGUGACCCUGCUGCCGCUGCUGAACAUGGCCUACAAGUUCCGCACACAGAGCUCUGAAGCCCUGGCGCCGCUGUACCCCUGGGAGUGCUUCGUCUUCUGCCUGAUCAUCUUCGGCACCUUCACCAACCAGAUCCACAAGUGGUCCCACACCUACUUCGGGCUGCCGCGCUGGGUCAUCCUGCUGCAGGACUGGCACGUCAUCCUGCCGAGGAAACACCAUCGCAUCCACCACGUCUCACCCCACGAGACCUACUUCUGCAUCACCACAGGCUGGCUCAACUACCCUCUGGAGAAAUUGGGCUUCUGGCGACGUCUGGAGGACCUUAUCCAGGGCCUGACGGGCGAGAAGCCUCGGGCCGAUGACAUGAAAUGGGCCCAGAAGAUCAAAUAACGCCUUCAAGCCUGCCACUUGGCUGCCAAUUUUCCCCAGCCUCAAACUGAAGCCAUCUGCCAAAUUCUAGCCUCUUGGAGCUGGCCCCUCUGGGUGGAAAGGACAGCCCCUGGGCUGGGCCCGGGCACCCCCAGCCCAUCCCUCAUGACAAAAUACUUGAGCCACUGACUUCUCGUUUCCUUUUUUUGUUUUCUUUCCUGGGUCCCUCCCCAGCCACCUGAGCUGUUCGGUCUGCCAAGCCUGACUGCAGAAAAGGGAGCCUUGCCCUGCCAGCCAGCCCUCGGGUAGAAAGGAGGUCCCCCCACUCCCUGCACACCUGCCGCCCUGUCCUGCAAGGCAGCCCUCCAGUCCCAGUGACCUAGAGGGCCCCUAGGCACACCAGAGUUUCUGCAGAGCAUCGUCCUGCCACAGCCCUGCACACUGACCCCAGAGGCCUGGGCGGGUAGACGGCCUAGCCUGUCUACCCAAGGAUAACAGAGCGCAGUAAGGGUGUGAGGGCGUGGCCAGCAGAGGCUGGAUCUGCCCAAGUCUGGAAUAUUCCUCCACCCCGCUUCCACCUGCCCACCUGAUCCCAGCCAGAACUGAUGUUUCCAGUACGAGGAUGUCUUCACGGGCAUAGCCCCUGCAAAGGGUCUCGGUCGUUUGGAAGGGAAGGGGACACAGUGUCCCCUGUGGCCAGAGUGUCACAGAAGAGAGUGGGGCUUUUUUUUUUAAAGGUGCUUGCUCGUUUAAUGUAAAUAAUAGAAAGCCUUAAUAUCUUUUCUGUAACACGGAGUAAUAUUUUAAUGUCAUGUUUUGAAUGUACAUAAGAUAUUUAUAACAAAGCAGCAAGAGUCUACUUAACCUUAGCUGCCUCAUGGUGUUUCCUAGACGGCUGGGGUGGGGAGGGUGGGGGUUAAAGAGGCUGCUGGAACACCCCCCAGCCCCAUUCCCAACCUCCCCCCAACCCAGGCCUCAAGAUGGAAGCCCCUCACCUGAGCGUGAAUUAGUGCUGACCUGGCUCCAGACACUCGGAGGGGGCCCCCAGCUAGGUGGGGAGUGGCCCCCGCUAGUCUGUGAGGGUGGAUUCCUGCACUCGUGUUUAUCCCAUCCAAUGCGCUGAACACGGCAGAGACCCACCCUGGCAGAGCUGUCCUCCUGGGAGAGAGACAAUAAACAUACAUAAAUGCACAA